AUUUACAACAUAGAACCAGCUGCGAUUGUUCGGAAGUGGUUGGGUCUUCGACUAGCCCGUUAUUCCGAUUAACUGAAUUAGACGCAGUUGUAAUCGAGCAGACUCAAAUGGCGGGCACUGCGUUAAAAAGACUGAUGGCUGAGUAUAAACAGCUCACUCUGAAUCCACCAGAGGGAAUUGUGGCAGGUCCUGUUAAUGAAGAGAAUUUCUUUGAAUGGGAAGCUUUGAUCAUGGGUCCUGAAGACACCUGCUUUGAGGGAGGUGUGUUUCCAGCCAUCCUGAGUUUUCCAUCAGACUACCCACUGAGCCCCCCCAAGAUGAGAUUCACCUGUGAAAUGUUCCACCCCAACAUCUACCCCGACGGCCGGGUGUGCAUCUCCAUCCUGCACGCCCCCGGGGACGACCCCAUGGGCUACGAGAGCAGCGCAGAGCGGUGGAGCCCCGUACAGAGCGUGGAGAAGAUCCUGCUGUCUGUGGUCAGCAUGCUGGCAGAACCGAACGAUGAGAGCGGAGCCAACGUGGAUGCUUCCAAGAUGUGGCGCGAAGACAGGGAACAGUUCUACAUCCUCGCCCAACAGAUCGUCCGCAAGUCCCUGGGCCUCUAAUCGCCCCGACCCGCCUGGCCUCUCGGACACAUGGUAAUCCUCAUGCUUACUCAUUGUCACACAGAAGGUUCUGGACGCAAGUGAAGACACUCUGAAGAGCAGAAAUCAUGCAGACUGAGAAUACUUCCCUCCCUCCAGUAGCCCCCUCUGUCUGACCCCCCUCUGUUGGACUGUUAUAUCGCCCUGGGCGUUUUUCCCCCAGAGUCCGCUGCGGAGAAGACUGGCAACGUCUGCUAAGAUUCCAACAUUCUGUUUGCUUUGUCUGUGUCUUUUCCCCUCUCCUGGAAGCACUUUACUUCCUCCGAAGGAUACUUCCUAGCAAUGGCUACCCCCCAUUUCAGGAGUCUCUACAGAACUGAGGACGAGCGUAGUUUUUGUUUUUAAUAGUGUGGGCGACAUUACUGAGGACAUUGUUUGUGCAGUGUUAUAGAGAAGAGAGUAUGUGAGCUAGAUAAACCUCUGGGUCUUUGCUUUGUGUGUGAGAAAACUGACUGACUGAGGAAGUCUUUCUGCAGGGACGCAUUGCUUUCUUUCACUUCACAGUUGUGCGUGGUCUGUGGGAAGGAAACAAUCCAUAAUGUCUUUUUUAUGUACUCUAUGCUAAUACGGUGAGUUGUUAUAUGGAGCUAUAGCUUUAGUAAGGGGUUGAGUUGAUUACUCCUUAUAAAAAUUAAUGAGGGGGUUAGUCGCUGGAUUUUCAAUUAGGAUGAAUUUCGACAUCUGAAAUUAAGAUGUCAGAAAAUUGUUACUUUUGAACAGACAUUAAGGUAGGUCAUAUUUAAGUGGCUUUUUCUUGUACUUUCCAACAAAUGUUUGCUCUGUUGAAUAUUUUUUUUUUUCAUAAAUUACACACAAAAGACAAUCAUAGGAACAGCUGUGCAGUCCACUGGCUAACACUUGGAUAGAAUUUUCAAAGCGAAAUGAAAUAUAAAGAUAAUGGAACUGACGUAUUACCAUUAAACACUCUCUCCAGCAGUUUCCUAAUUCUGCAUAUCAUUAGUGAGACAUACUUAUGUAUUUGAUUGUCAAAUCCGUUCAUGGUAAAAAAAAAAAA